GGGCUUCGAUAGCACUGGGGCGGUGCUCUUCGUCCACACACUUCCUGAAAAUGGGCUUGGAAGAGAGUUUGGACACGAAAUGCGCUUUGGUAUCUUUACCAAAACACUCAUACUGGUUUGACUUUUGGCUGUUUGUGAUGUUUGACAUCGCAUUUUUCCUCGUUAUGUAUUUCAUAGUUCCCUAGCUAAAAUGGAGUGACUUGGAAUUCUAGACUUGAAGUGCCGCCCCCUUUAACCAUGACCCCCUGCUGGCUGAAAUGAUCGAUCUUUAAAAAGGAGUGUUUACACCACUGAGGUAUGAGGUUUACACCCCUCGACCAGAUUGGUGUUCAAAUUAUAUUGGAUGUCUUCCUUUGUUAGGCCUAUAUGUUGUUUUUAACUGCCUACAUUUUGGUAUUAUAUGAAAUAUUUACCAGUAUUUUUCAGUAUGUCCAGAAAAUAGCAAAAUUGUGAGACCAUAACAUUUGAAUAUGCCUGUUGUUGAAAUCAAGACAAUAAUUUGUGGCAGUCUGACUACUUAAAAUGUGAAACUCAACUUCAAUACAACACCUCACUCUGGAUAAAAGUGGCUGCUAAAUGACUGCAAUGUCACAAGAACUGCAGGUUAACAUGAUGUAGCUAGUGGAAUAAAGUGUGCUCUCUCUCUAAAAUGUGUAUGUCUGAUUUGGAUAUGACACGAUUGAGAGAAGGCGACUUGAUUGAGCCACCUAAACAUGAUGAUUGGAACAAGAUUACAGCAAUAAGGGGAAAGAGAUGUAUUCCCGGUCUCUUGAACAAAGAUCCUACUGAAACUACAUCGGCAUAAACCAGAGAUCUGUAAUUCCAUGUCUGGAAUAAAAGUGAUGUACACUAUGAGAUAAACCUAUGUAAAUCACAAAAUAAACAUGUUUUUUUCUGUCACAUUCUGAGAUGUGCAUAGUGGAAUCAUAUUUACUAAUAAUUUUGACAUGUUUUAUACAAAUAUAUAGUUUGUUUUUGUAUCUUGUGUUUUUGUAGUAGCACAGUAAAUAAAGACAGCCGGAAGUUUACACCAGAGUCGUGCCAAUGUAUGGUCGGUAGGUGGCAGUAUAAGCGCCUUUUCCCAUUGAUGGACCAGAGAGGAAGAAAACUUUCCCGGAAGAUAAAAAAGAAGAGGAAGGACGCUAGCCUGCCAGAUAGUGGAUAAGCUAAACUAUUAUACUCCCAAAUGUGUUUCUGUGAUUUAUAUAAACCAAACUAGUUUAUUAAAGUUAUAUAAGUCACAACUCAAUUAUCCAUAAUGAUGGAAAUCUGUGUCACGACAAAACCAGUGGAGAAUGCAGGUUCGUUUAAAAUAAGUACCCAGCUAACGUUGGCUAGCAACUUGCGGCUACUGUUAGUUAUAUCAAAGAUACAGGCUGUCUAGGGUGGACUAUCCAUUGGGGUAGACUAGCUACUAGAAGAUGGAUCGAAUAGAUAAAAUAGUUGGGCCACUGAUUCACAUUUUAGCUACAUCUUUAUUUGCUAGCGUCUACUCAAGUUAUGCGGCAAUGUAACGUUAUGCCUCCUAACCCGCAUUACCAAUAAUUAUUGUCCCAAGAUUGUCUCGUCUCUCUCACCAAACUCAAUGACUAAUUUUUGCCCGUAGAUAUCUUCCUCCCGUUAUCCUCUUUGCGCCUGUUGAUACCACCUCUGAGGCUGCUCUCUGCGGCCAUGUGGCAAGUAGCGCAACGAAGAGAUGUCAUGGAUUAUGAGAAACUAGAGGAGUUCGUCGGCCUGGUGACAGCGACCGUUCCAGACCUGUUGAAUGAGAAACAGAGGGCCAAGCUUCUUCUGCGGCUGCGAACAAGGGUGAUACUAGAGUUGUGCUCCACUGAUCAUACAGCUGAUAUCCAGAUCAUCCAACCCACCUGGACAGAAUUCGCCCCCUGGACACACAGGGAGUGGAGAUGCUGAGGUGGAUGCAGAAGAGGCCAUCUUCCUGGAGCUCAUCCAGACUUUGCUGAAAGACCCAGCAGAGAGAGAACACUUUUUCCAGGAGGUGUUUCCAACGGAGUACGGCGCCAGCUAUGACACAGAUAUGCAACUACUUGUGUGGGAAUUCCUUUCUAAACUGGAGAAGAUAUUGCCAGUACCAGACCUUGGACAGACUGUGUCAUGGCUCAGUUCUGCUCCCUCUGUCCUGGAGGAGUGUUUGCAGGCCCUCUCUCAACCUGAGGACCUGAAAUCCCUGCUGCAACACCACACAUGUCUUGAGAACUUGGGCACUCAGAGUCACACCGUUGAGAUGUCUUCUCAGGUCUUUGCCUGUUCCCAGUGCCCAUUCUUUCACAUGCAGGAAUCCUACCUCCUCCAGCACAUUGAGCGAAAUCACCCAGAGGAGUACAGCAAGCUCCAGAAAACUGAAGAGAACCCAGCGCUUCCCGGGAAAAAGUUCCCCCGUCCUGAAUUCCCCAAGCCUUUCCCCAUCCACGCAAGCUCUGAACCCGGUGCUCACACAUGUCACGAGUGUGGAAAGACUUUCACUCGCUCAUCAGACGUGACCAGGCACCAGCGCAUUCACACAGGGGAGCGUCCGUACACCUGCAAGGAGUGCGACAAGGGUUUCAAAACUCCUGGGAUCUGACGAGGCAUCAGCGGAUUCACACCGGGAACGCCCAUAUAUCUGCCCUCAAUGUGGCAAGGGGUUCACCCAACUGGGCCUACUGUCCCUGCACUUCACCAGAACGCCUUGUGGCCAGAGUGCUGAUCCCCCACUACAGUCCACAGAGCAACAGGAGGAGCCAAACGACAAAGGGAGUGGUCAGUACAAGUGUCAGAAAUGUGGGGCUAGCUUUGACACCGUACUAGAGCGGCUGAA